CCUUCGAGAACCCCUCGUGUCUGUAUAUAUACCACUAGAAGUAGAAGCCCCUCUCCAUUCCCCAUUUCGAAUCUCACUAGUCACUUCCUCGAAUCCUCAUUGCAUUGAACCCCCACUAUUCACCGUUAGAGACAGAGGAGAAAGAACAGUGGUAUAAUAAUAGAGAGUGAGCGUGGAAGAUAGAGAUAAAGAGAGUUUGUGUGUGAUGGAUAUGGCAUCGGAUAAGGUGGUGGAGACUGUGAUAGUAGGCAAUUAUGUGGAAAUGGAGACUGAAGGGAAGCCUGAGGAUGUGAAAACCAAGCUAUCUAAGUUCUUUUGGCAUGGCGGUUCUGUAUAUGAUGCUUGGUUUAGCUGUGCUUCAAACCAGGUGGCUCAAGUUCUGCUCACCUUGCCAUACUCAUUUUCGCAGCUGGGAAUGCUGUCCGGCAUUCUUUUUCAGCUCUUCUACGGGUUAAUGGGAAGCUGGACAGCAUAUCUCAUUAGCGUACUCUAUGUAGAAUACAGAACCAGAAAAGAAAGAGAAAAAGUUGAUUUCAGGAACCAUGUUAUCCAGUGGUUUGAGGUUCUUGAUGGACUCCUCGGAAAACACUGGAGGAACGUGGGAUUGGCAUUUAACUGCACUUUUCUUCUCUUUGGAUCUGUCAUUCAACUCAUUGCCUGUGCAAGCAACAUCUAUUACAUAAAUGAUAAUCUGGACAAGAGGACUUGGACAUACAUAUUCGGAGCUUGUUGUGCUACCACUGUCUUUAUCCCUUCAUUCCGCAACUACAGAAUCUGGUCCUUUUUAGGCCUCAUAAUGACCACCUACACUGCUUGGUACCUCACCAUUGCCUCCAUCCUCCAUGGCCAGAUUGAGGGUGUUACGCAUUCGGGUCCAACCAAGCUGGUGCUAUACUUCACGGGGGCCACAAACAUUCUCUACACAUUCGGAGGACAUGCUGUCACUGUGGAAAUCAUGCAUGCAAUGUGGAAGCCUCAGAAGUUCAAGGCCAUAUACUUGCUGGCUACACUGUAUGUGCUGACACUGACGCUUCCCUCCGCAGCAGCAGUGUAUUGGGCAUUUGGAGACAUGCUUCUCAAUCACUCCAACGCUUUUGCUCUGCUCCCAAGAUCACCCUCCAGAGACAUGGCUGUCAUUUUAAUGCUUAUCCAUCAGUUUAUAACAUUUGGGUUUGCAUGCACACCCUUGUACUUUGUGUGGGAAAAAGCAAUAGGCUGCCAUGAGUGCAAGAGCCUGUGCAAGCGUGCAGCAGCAAGAUUGCCCGUGGUCAUCCCCAUAUGGUUCCUGGCCAUCGUCUUCCCAUUCUUUGGUCCCAUCAACUCCACCGUUGGAUCACUCCUCGUCAGCUUCACAGUCUAUAUCAUCCCUGCUCUGGCCCACAUCUUCACUUUCAAAUCAGCCGCUGCCCGAGAGAAUGCAGUGGAGCAGCCACCGAAGUACGUAGGAAGAUGGGUAGGGACGUACACGAUGAAUGUGUUUGUGGUGGUGUGGGUGCUGGUGGUAGGGUUUGGGUUUGGAGGGUGGGCAAGCAUGAUAAAUUUCAUACACCAGAUUGACACUUUUGGGCUGUUCACAAAGUGUUAUCAAUGCCCUCCUCCGCCUCUACCUCCCCACGGCGUUCUCAAUGCCACAGCUCCUCCUCCUCUUCACCACCAUGCCUACCCCACUCCUCGCCCUCACAGCCCUUGAUUUGUAUCCCCACGCCCACUUUUGCUGGGUUCCCACUUCCAUCCACCCAAAAGCUGGCUUUCACACAUGUCGUUGCAUCUUUUGCUUACUUAGUCAACGGAUAGAGCAGCAAUAUAUGUAUUCGGCUAAUAACCAUCUCCAUCCAUGAAAGCACACCUACGUACACCUUGUUCUCCUA